GAUCACAGACGAAGGGAGGAUAUCGGCCUUGGAUGAUUUUGGCGCAUAGUCUUGAGUCCGGCGCCUCGCCGACGAGGGUAGGUGAUGGUAUUGUCGAACAGCGCCACCAAAGUGUUAGUCUGGUCGAGUCCCUCCAUCGAGAUCGCUCGCACCAAGCUUUUGAACUUCUAACCGGAAGUGCUGAGUUCGUAGCCUGUCUUUCCUCUCUGCCGAGAUCCUGGGCGGCGUGAGCAAGCACCGUCUUGUGGGACGUGAGGAUGAGACUACUAGACCUAACGUACCGUAAUAUGUAUGUCAUAUGCAAGAUAUGCUCGCUUCAGUUGGCUUACAGCUGGCGAAGUUUUGACAGCCACAAGCGCCUUGCUGAGAGACAUGGCGGCCCCCCUUGCAGCACGAAAUUCGCUCAUGGCGCGCACAGCCAGCUGCCCCUGUUCACGUGUUGCUGGCUGCAUUCUGUUCUUCUCUCAGGCCCUGAUGCAUGUCGAGGAAAGCCAUCAACACAGAAAUGUCAAUCGAAGUGCUGUGCCAGGCAGAUGCGCGGACGUUGUGAGAUGCGGAAACAGAUCUCGCGAAAUCCCCCGCGAAUCCCCUGACUUGGCCCGAUUCGAUCAUGAUUGCAACGUCCGCCCAGACAAACCACCAACAAGCUCGGAGCAGCAGUCGCAAUUGCAACAGACAGCCACCGGUAGCAGCCGAGCGGGCUUGGACGAUGGGCAGGUGGGGUCCGCCGUUUCCCUCACGCGCUUCUUCCCCGUGCUCGGUCAAAGGCGCCGACCAACAAGAGGAGGGCAUAAUGAGGGAGAAAAGAAAAUUAAAGAGCAUCUUGGUGUGACGGGACCCGCACGCCCACCCUCCAUCCUGGAGGGCCAAGCAGUCACUAGGUGUAGCUACAUGGGCAGCUGGGGUUCUGUGGGUACUCCGUGUCCGUACCUGUGUUGUCUGGCCUUUCGAGGUUCGCUCCGCACGUUGUCGUACUGCUGGUUGUUUUUGUGGGAAUGCGCUGUGAGCUGUAGCUUGUCAGAACCUGAAGAUGAGUAUUCGGAGAUUUUCAGAAAGUUGUGAGCUGUCUCGAAGCCAAUGAACAGGCAGGUGGUGCUGAACUUGGAGCCUGCCAUGGUUAGGUUUCUUCCCGGGUGGAAAGAGCGGCAGCCGUCCACCCGCUGCCGAGU